AUGCCUCCGGAAUGCCAUGACUUGGCCUUUCUACCCCGCGACGUCUUCUGGAUGAUUCUUGCGUAUCUCGAACCUCACGAUAUCAUCCGCAAUCGUCGAGUCUCGCGUGCCUGGCGCGAAGCCUUUAGCAACCCCUCCAUUCUCGUUCCACGCCUGAGAUGGGAGUUCCCACGGACAAGAGAAGCAAAGGCCCUUGACAAUGGGACUGCAGACCCACAUCGAGGUUGUCAACUCUUUGACCAAGUCGCCGCAAGAUAUGAUCAUCUAGAGCGGGCAAAGCCCCGCUCUAUCAAGAAGUAUGGAUUGUGCGGUGCCUUCGGCAGCUCGCGCCAGCGUGAAUGGUUCCCUGUUCAGCCCUGGGAAUAUCACUGCAGUCAUGACACGGGCAUUGUCGAUAUCCAAUUUGAAGAGGCUUUGUGGUCUUUCGAUGGUGGGCUGCUAGUAUUCCCCAGUGCCGAGAGUCAAGGUCUCAUGCUCUUGGAUUUGGAAACGGACCGCCAGUUCGAGGUGCCGUUCACCAUUACCGGCAGGGUUGUUCGCCGAGUCAGGAUUCAGAAGCGGCUCCUUGUUGUCGAGUGGGCUGAGCCUAUGGCUUUCCACUGGCUAAAUGAUAGCGACGGUGUACAUCGUCACUUUGCGUCUUCGUUCGAUAUCGUCCAGGGCGGGAAAGAUGUCUGGAGUAUUACCCAGCGCAAUGAAUGGAAGAUCAUGUUCUUGGGCCAUCCUCUCAGCGAGCGAGAUCGUUUUUUCUCUACGCACAACAACACACAUUAUGUGAUCUACAUGUGGCAGCCCAAUCGUAGCCUAUACACCGCAGACGAGGAUGCACCGAUUGAAUCCUUGUUCGUAUGGGACAUCUCACAGGUGUCAUCUCACCGGCCAUCUGAAUCCUCUUCAGGAGUACUGCGCGGUGGAGUUCCUGAAGAUGCCCCAAGAAUCGUGGCACGUUUCGGUUUCCGAGACCUUGACUUCUUCUGCGUCCGCCAACGAGGCACCCCAGCCAUCUCCCGGCUUUCUAUCACGGAUGAUUCCCAGGCGAUACAAAUUGUUGAUAAUUUCCUGCAUGAAAUUGAAGGUCAAGGGACGCCUGACCCAGAAGCUGGAACUGGUAUUCGUUUGUGUCGGACCACAUCCAUCCCAGUCAUCGGGAAUGGACCCCACAAUCGUACAUUGCAUGUCGACUUGUUACCAGUAUACCGCGGUAACUGCAGCUUGCAAUCGGAGUUCCUUGGCUACUCGACUACAUACGGGAAUAACUGGACCGAUGUCAUCGCUCAAGUUAGCGAUCCUGAUCUAGAGCUUGGCUUUUGCCUCUAUUUUGAGCUCAAUGAUCCCCACCAUAAAACUAUCAGGCUGGGGGUCUGGGCGCCUGGCUCGAAUGAGAAUCGUGUGAAUGUUGAUUUUACGGGGAGAGCGAAACUGUGUGGCUGUGAUAGAUAUCUGGUUGGUGAGAAUACUUCCCGGGAGCUGGUUAUCUAUCGUUUUGAUCGAUGA